AUGUCAAUGAGAUCGUUUGAAAGAAGCCUUAGCCUUGUUGUUGUAUGCCUUAUAACGGCCACAACAGCAUUAGCUCAAUCUGAUAAUGCCCCAGUCCUUGACACAAAAGGCCAUCCUCUUAAGUAUGGAAAGGAUUACUACAUUAAACCUGCUACAACAGAUAAUGGAGGUCCUUUCACUUUGAUUGAUAGAAACGGUCCAUGCGAUUUAUAUGUUGGUCAAGAGAAUUCUAAUGUGUCAAAAGGCUUACCUGUUGUGUUCAUGGCCUUUGCCAAAGAAGAUGAUGCUGUGAAGGUGAAUAGGGACUUCAAAGUAGCAUUCUCAGCUGAAACAAUUUGUGUUCAGUCCACAGAAUGGAACUUAGGUGAGAAGGACCCUCAGAGUGGGAAAAGGCUUAUUACCACCACUGGUAAUGAUGGUGAAGGUACCUACUUCAGGAUUGUGGAGACCCACUUUGAAGGUAUCUAUAAUAUUCAAUGGUGUCCUACAGAUGUGUGCCCCUUGUGUAAGUUUGAUUGUGGAACUGUUGGUGGUUUGCAUGAGAAUGAGAAUGGUAAGAUUUUAUUGGCCUUGGAUGGUAAUGAUCUACCAGUUGUGUUUGAGAUGGCAUAA